AUGGUGGGGCGUUAUGUGGUUGUUCAAAUUCCUGGAGACCUGAACAUUCUUAGUAUUGUUGAAGCUGGAGUCUACGGGUAUUUGGCAGGAAAUCGGGCAGUAGGAGGAGCCACUUUACAGUCAUCAACAUAUGCAGACUUGAUUGCUGAGAAGGCCAUUGAUGGUAAUCGAGGUCUCCAGCAGUUGUAUACAGGAUGCUCCUCAACCCUUAAUGAGACAGACCCGUGGUGGAGGCUGGAUCUGCAUGAUGUCUACCGAGUCAGUAACGUGAUCGUCACUAACAGAAAAGACUGCUGUGCAGAACUAAUAAACGGAGCAGAGAUUCGCAUCGGAAACUCUUUGGACAACAACGGGAACAAUAAUCCCAUAUGUGCUGUUAUUCCUGCUAUUCCAGCAGGUGAGUCCUACAACUACUCAUGUGAUGGAUUAGAUGGACGUUACGUGAAUAUUCACAUUCCUGGAGACGGGAAAAUUCUUCUGCUUUGUGAGGUUGAAGUCUAUGGGUACUUGGCAGAAAAUCUGGCGGUACCUGGAGCUGCUUUUCAGUCAUCAACAUCUAUGAACGGGUUUGCUGAGAAGGCCAUUGAUCGAGGUCUCCAGCAGUUGUAUACGGGAUGCUCCUCAACCCUUAAUGAGACAGACCCGUGGUGGAAGCUGGAUCUGCGUUAUAUUUACCGAAUCAAUAAAGUGGUCAUCACUAACAGAAAAGACUGCUGUGCAGAACAAAUAAAUGGAGCGGAGAUUCACGUCGGAAACUCUUUGGAGAACAACGGCGCCAAUAAUCCCAUAUGUGCUGUUAUUCCUGCUAUUCCAGCAGGUGAGUCCUACAACUACUUCUGCGGUGGGAUGGAAGGACGUUACGUGACUCUGAUCAUUCCUGGAGACAUGAAGAUACUCACUCUGUGUGAGGUGAAGGUCUAUGGACAAGGUCCCUGUUUAAAAAAAUCGUUUGUAAAGCUGUUGUUUCACUCCAGUAAAGAUUUGACUGACCCUACAAUGAGAAAAAACGUUCUGAAACGGUUGGGAUCUGCUCUGGCUGAUAGAGGAUUCACAAACGUGACACUGAGUUGGUCCCAAACGCCUAAACAGGAAGUGAUGCGGAUAGUGAACGAUGACAAUCGUGAGUGUGUUGUCACAGCCAUAGAAUAACAUAUGACACGGGCUGCACAAUUACAAAUGAUCAUAUAACCGUGAUAUGUAAUAACAGAAAUGUUUUAUUUACAGGUCUCUGUAAUACAAGACAUUAAUGGCCUGAAACUCAACAGUGUCUCUGACUCCCUAAAUUGGCAUUCACAUUGGUUUUAUACAGUGAACACUGUUGGACACAACUCAACAUUUAGACGAGCCUUUGAAAUACUGGGAGAAUAAAGUCUGCUCAAAAUUGUACUCUUUGGAAGCCGUGAUACACACCAUGUUUGGAGGUCAAAUAGCACUCCACAUCACCCCAAAUCAUUACAGUGUAUAUGUAAUGAUUUGGGGUGACAAUAUGACAAAAUUCAUAUUCUUGAUAAUAAAAAUCUGCCAAACACACAGCCAAAGACACCCUCAAUUGGUUUUAGAGAAAGAAAGUCAAGCUGCUAGAACUAUUGACUUUAAUUCAAAGUUCAUAGAAGAGGCUCACUGAACCUUGAAGAUUUGAAGACUUUUUCUAGAAGAAUGGGGCAUAAUCACUCCUGAGCAAAGCAUACAACCAGUUCCUCACACAGGAGGUGUCUUGAAGCUGUCUUUAACAACGAAGUCGCUUGUGUUUAAUAAUACUUUCAUUUUAGUAAGCAUGUUCAAUACUUUUACCCUGGGUCAAUCCCUUUUAUUACACAGAACUUAACUUCUGCCUUUAUUCAUAGUUUUCUUUAUAUGCAAGGAUUAUUUGCGUUGUUACCAACAUCUGCUGAAGAGUUCAUGUCAGCAGCCAAAAAACAGUGA